AUGUCUCGUAAGUUGGACAGCAGCCCAGUUCAGACACAGAUGGCAGUGGCAGCAGUCUUCAAGAGUCCUCUCAGCAGGGAGUACCAUGGCAACAACGCAACCAGCACCACCAACAGGAUGAUAGACGGGAAACACCAUCAGCCUGCUGGGAGGAGGCGAGUCUUUGUGCAAACUGAGACUGGUUGUGUUCUGGGGAUGGAGCUGGAUCGAAGUGACAACGCCCAUACUGUGAAGAGGCGGCUUUCAAUCGCCCUCAAUGUUUCAACCGAGGAGAGUUCACUGACUUUUGGGGAUAUGGUGCUGAAGAACGACCUCAGUGCUGUUCGAAAUGAUUCGCCUCUUCUCUUGACUCGUAACUUUCUACAUCGAAGCUCAUCGACUCCAUGCCUCUCUCCAACUGGUAAGGAUAAUCAACAGAAAGAUAAGAGUGCUCUCAUUGAGGUAUUAGGACAUUCAGAAAGCUUUUCCAAGAUGAAACAUCUGGUUAAGGACAGUGUGAAGGCCAUUAAGAAUGGGGUUGAUCCACUUCCUGUUCAUGGUGGGCUUGGAGGUGCAUACUACUUCAGGAACAUCAGAGGUGAGAGUGUUGCCAUUGUGAAGCCAACUGACGAGGAGCCUUUUGCUCCAAACAAUCCGAAAGGCUUCGUUGGGAAGGCUUUAGGGCAGCCAGGCUUAAAACGCUCGGUUAGGGUUGGAGAGACAGGGAUCAGGGAAGUUGCAGCCUACCUUCUUGACCAUGACCACUUCGCCUGUGUGCCGCCUACUGCUCUGGUUAAGAUCACUCACUCUGUCUUCAAUGUGAAUGAUGGGGUCAAUGGUGGUGUCAAGGCUCACAACAGCAAGAAACAGGUCACCAGCAAGAUUGCUUCUUUCCAAAAGUUCAUUCAACACGAUUUUGAUGCAAGUGAUCAUGGAACUUCCAGCUUCCCGGUUUCAGCUGUGCACCGUAUUGGUAUAUUAGACAUUAGGAUUUUCAACACUGAUAGGCAUGGUGGGAAUCUCUUGGUGAAGAAGUUCGAUGAUGCUGUUGGUAGAUUUGGGCAAGUGGAGUUGAUUCCAAUUGAUCAUGGUCUUUGCUUGCCCGAGACUCUGGAGGAUCCCUAUUUCGAGUGGAUUCAUUGGCCACAGUCCUCGAUUCCUUUCUCAGAGGAUGAGAUCGAGUACAUCGCAAAGCUCGAUCCUGUUGAAGAUUGUGUAAUGCUGAAGAGGGAGCUCCCCAUGAUCCGAGAGGCAUGUUUGAGGGUUUUGCAUCUCUGCACCAUUUUCCUCAAGGAAGCUGUAAACUUUGGCCUUUGCCUUGCUGAGAUUGGUGAGAUGAUGAGUAGGGAGUUUCGAGCAGGGGAGGAGGAACCGAGUGAACUCGAGGUUGUCUGCAUGGAGGCAAGGAGAUUGAUAGUUGAGAGAGAGGUAGUAUCUCCCAGGGCUGAUGUGGUAGGAGAUGCCGAGUUCCAGUUCGAUAUCGACUGUGAGGAGGUUAACCAUGACUUUGCAGCAAAGAUGACAGCUGAUGAGUUCAUGUCAAGACCGGCAUACCAGUUUGGGAUUGGUAACGGGAUGGGUCGAAGCAUGCUCUCGAAGCUGGAUGAAAGUAUCGAGGAGGAAGAAGAGGAGAGUGAAGUAGAGGAAGGAGAAGGGAAAGAGGAAUGUAGGAUUCUACCUUGUGCUCCAAUGAAGUUCCCUUCCAUCUCCAUGCUCUCUGCUUCUCUUAAAGAUACCAAGCUAAGUGACAAGAGUCAGAAGUACCCCAAGUUCUCGGGUGCCAAGCCGGAGAACGGGUAUCUGAUGAAUUCGUCAUCGGGGCAUAGGAGUGCGAACGAGCAGCUUCCUUCGAGUGUGAGCUUCGUGAAGCUUGCUGAUAUGCCUGAGGAAGAGUGGGGUAUGUUCCUGGACAAGUUCCACGAGCUGCUGUAUCCAGCAUUUGAGAAGAGGAAAUCGGUGACCAUAGGGCAGAGACAGAGGCAGAGGCUUGGGACUUCAUGCCAGUUUUGA